ACAAUUCAUCUUAUGUUGGGCAAAUUAUAGAUCAAGGGAUAAGCACAAGCCUUAUAAACCUGAAAUGAGGUAGUAGCAUUCUAGUGGCAAGAAAGUCAUCUUCCAUCAUGCCCCCAAGCCUUGUCUUAAUGAUCUUUGAAUGGGAAAGCACUCGUUCAACUUUUGGUAUGAAACCCAUAGACCAUAGUAACAAGCAAACAAAGCAUCUACCAAUCAAGUACAUAUGUGAAUGUGCAAGUAUGUUACAAACAUUCUUACCACUCUUCCACUGAAUGAAUAUUUCGUGUAAUGUUAUGUGAGAAGUAUUUGCUGAAUUUGACAUCGGAAUUAUUUAUGUAAAUCUUUUACUUCUGGAAGGAGAAUGUACGAUGCUGUCUUUCAGAUCUUUCAAAGCAGCAGUUCUUUGGAGCUAACCAUUGCAAGUUUCCAUCUCUUAAUGGAGCUGGGCAAGCAAUAUCCAAGAGUAUAUUUGACAAAUUUUGGUUCCCAUCCAACUCUAGUUAUAGUUAAAGAGUCAUGGUCACCAUUUCUCCUUGGCAACAAUGUAGCUUCUGGUGAGAUUGGGAGAAACACCAGUCGCUCAGAUCAUCUCUUUGAUUCUUUGAGAUUUUCUUUGUUGACCGAGGCUAUGGUUGAAGCAUCGAAUGACACAGGUGCUAAUAGUGGGCUUAAGCAUAUAGAGAACAUGGUGCUGUUCCAAUAUCUCGUUCGCACACUUGAGGCUGAUUUUAUACCUCGUCAUAUUGCAUAUAAAGAGUCAUUAGACUGGGUGAUCAUCAGGGAAUCUGUUUUAAACGUGCUUCUGGGAUCGCGAAAACUGGUAUUCAAAAUGUUUGUCAAGAACUGCAUAUCACUUCUGAACCAACAUCAGCGUGAAAUUGAAGAUGACAUAUCUUCUAAAUCAGCAUCUGAUUUAGAUUCUUCCUUAACCUUUUCAUUGCUUGAGUUUGAAAGAGAAGCGCUUAUAUCCGUGAAAAAACUUUUCAUUAUGGUUAUAAACCUUGACUUGAUUAGGAAAGAAGCAGACAAAUUGGGCCUGACUUCAAGGGCUGAUGGCCUCAGGAAUCCUAUCCUGGAAGUUAUUCUAGAGGAGCUAACUUACAACACAAUCUACUUAUCCCCAUUUCUUUUGGCCUUCACGGAGUGGAAGUGGAAAUUGCAGAUUAUCCUGCUGUACUUCUCAAGAUAUCAAGUUAAGUCUGCAGUACGUGCUCGGAGGUCAAAUAAUUCUCAACAAGAUUUGACAGUGGAAAGCGCUCUGAGUAUGUUUUCAACAGAAGCAAGCGCAAAGGCCAUGGUUAAGAUGAUGUGUCCAGAAGUUGCUCAGCUUCUCUUAGCACAUGCAUACCAGGUCUGCCUAUCCGUUGAUGGUGAUUCUAGCGAAGCUAAUGAUGCAGCAAAAAUGAUGGGAGCGUCUCUUCUCGAGAUAUCUUGCAAGUUUGUGUCGGCUUUCCAGAAUCUGAGAAAAAUCAACACGAACAUUCAGAUUUCACAGUUUGAGAAAGAAGCUUUGUUCACUGCAGCAACGCUGACAAGAAAACUGCAGAAUGAGUGAAGAUUGGAGACUUGAAGUAUUCAUUUUGGAUUUUGGAGACUUGGAAGCGAUGGGAUCAAAUGGUUUAUCUUAAGAGAACGAUGGAUCUUUGUCUCGUCUAUUGUACGGCAAAGUAUGUUGCCUGUGUAUAUAUAUUUCAGUUAUCUAUUUCCUCUGUAGUAGAGUAUCCGACCCUGACGUAAAGAACUGAAGCAUCUGGGCUGCUCAUCUCGGGGCAGAUAUCAAAUUCACUUGGUUUUCUGCUCGGCAAAUAUGUACUACUGAAGAAUGCUGGUUUCGUCUUAAGAUGGUAACCAAGCAAACCAGCCCGGGUGAAUCUACGCUUAAAAAUAUGUCUAUGUCUAUGCG